CUCUCUGUGGCUGAAGCGGACUGGCUGGGAGAGGCCCCGGAAGUGAUGCUCGAGGAAGCCCACGUGUGCGUUUCUCUUCCACAUGGCGGUGCUCCUGAAGAGGCUGCUGCAGUCGGUGAGGCCCCCAGCGGCCUUGGGCCGGCCCAUGGGACCGCGCGAGGCCAGCCUGGGCACUGAUCCCGGGGCUGCGGUGCGAGUACGGUUCGCCCCCAGUCCCACAGGCUUCUUGCAUCUGGGCGGCCUCCGCACUGCCUUGUACAACUAUAUCUUUGCCAAGAAGCACCAGGGGAGCUUCAUCCUCAGGCUGGAGGACACAGAUCAGACCCGCCUUGUGCCUGGGGCAGCGGAGAAUAUUGAAGACAUGCUGGAGUGGGCAGGCAUCCCGCCUGACGAGAGCCCCCGCCGGGGAGGUCCUGCCGGGCCCUACCAGCAAUCCCAGCGGCUCGAGCUGUACGCCCAGGCCACGGAAGCGCUGCUGGAGUCUGGUGCCGCUUACCCCUGCUUCUGCUCACCGCAGCGGCUGGAGCUCCUGAAGAAGGAGGCCCUGAGGAACCAUCAGACGCCCCGGUAUGACAAUCGGUGCCGGAACCUGAGCCAGGGGCAGGUGGCCCAGAAGCUAGCCCAAGGCCCCAAACCUGCGAUCCGCUUCCGCCUGGAGGGGGAAGCGCCAGCCUUCCAGGACCUGGUGUACGGCUGGAAUCGGCAUGAGGUGGCGCACGUGGAGGGGGAUCCGGUCAUCCUGAAGAGCGAUGGCUUCCCCACAUACCACCUGGCCUGCGUGGUGGACGACCACCACAUGGGCAUCAGCCACGUGCUGCGUGGCUCCGAGUGGCUGGUCUCCACCUCCAAGCAUCUGCUCCUCUACCAGGCUCUGGGCUGGCAGCCACCUCGCUUUGCCCACCUGCCCCUGCUCCUCAACAGGGAUGGCAGCAAGUUGUCCAAGAGGCAAGGGGACAUUUUCGUGGAGCAUUUUGUGGCUGCUGACUUCCUGCCGGAUGCCUUGCUUGAUAUCAUCACCAACUGUGGCUCAGGGUUUGCAGAGAACCAGAUGGGCAGGACCUUGCCAGAAUUGGUAACACAGUUUGACCUGACCCGGAUCACCUGCCACUCAGCCCUGUUGGACCUGGAGAAGCUCCCAGAAUUCAACAGGCUGCACCUCUGUCGGCUGGUGAGCAACGAGACCCAGAGGUGCCAGCUGGUGGGGAAGCUGCAAGCCCUGGUGGAGGAGACGUUCGGGAGCCAGCUGCAAGACAGGGAGGUCCUGGACCCGGCCUACGUGGAGAGGAUCAUCCUGCUGAGACAGGGUCACAUUUGCCGUCUGCAGGAUCUGGUCUCCCCGGCACACUCCUACCUGUGGACUCGGCCUGCUGUGGGCCUAGUGCAACUGGGCACCAUUUCGGAGAAAGUGGACGUGAUUGCCAAACGCGUGCUGGGGCUUUUGGAAGGACCCGGUACGAGCUUAACUCAGGACAUGCUGAAUAGCGAACUGAGGAAGGUAUCCGAAGGCCUGGAAGGGACCAAACACAGUACUGUGAUGCAGCUCCUCCGAGUGGCCCUCAGCGGACAGCUGUGUUUUCUUUUUUCGUUCUUAGCAAGGGCCCCCUGUAGCCGAGAUGAUGGUGUCCUUGGGAGCGAAGGAAGUGCGGGAACGAAUACAGAAGGUGCUUUCCAGCUAGAGAGCAGAUGUGCAGGACAGUGAAGGUGGCCCUAGGAACCUGGAUGGGCCUGGAAACCACCUUCAGAGGGAAGCGGAGGGGCCUGGAGCCCAUCAGGAAGCUCGUGGAAGGAACCCCGAGAGGAAACAGUCUGCGGGUGCACACCAAGGGAAGCGGAGGGGCCUGGAGCCCAACGGGAAGCUCGUGGAAGGAACCCCGAGAGGAAACAGUCUGCGGGUGCUCACAGUGCAUUUAUGGAUUCUUCUCACCUCGUGUCUGGUUCGGACAGCUUGUUAUACGGCACAGGUUAGGGGCUGGUUCACAUUCAGCUUAGGCUGCCAGACAGGUGGCUGGAGCAACAGAAAAUUAUUUUCUCACAGUUCUGGAGUCUGGGAGUCCAAGCUCAAGGUGUCAGCAGUUGCGCCUUCCCAGAGGCCUCUCUCCUUGGCUUGCCCAUGGCCACCUUCUCUCUGUGUCCUCACGUGGUCUUUCUUCAGGGCAUGUCUUGGCAUCUCUCCGGGUGUUCACAUCUCUUCUUAGAAGGACAUGGGUCAGGUUGGAGUAAGGCCCACCCUAAUGGCCCAAUUAUAACUUAAUCACCCCUUUAGGGAUCCUGUCUCCACAUCCAGUCACGUUGAGGUCCUGGGGGUUAGGGCUUCAGCAUGAGUGUUGAGGGGAUGCAGGUUAGCCCCUGACAGCGCGGCAGCUGCCUGGACACAUGGGUCUCGGUUCUCGGGCCCCGUUGGGAUGUGGAGCAGGGAAGGAUGGCUGGUACAUGCAGGGCUGAACUGGACGGCAGACCCUCUGGGGCUUGUAAAAGGAGAAGUGACCGUCUGCCAAGGGUGAGCACUGCGUUUUAUACUGCUCUUGGUCCUUGCCCUUGGGGCAUCCUGUGUCUCCUUCUCUAAAGGUCAUCUCUUUCUCUUUUCCAGUUCUCCAGGCCUGGUCCUUGGACUGGACCUUCGCCCUGCCUGUUUUACACCUUUUUCUUCAUAUCCACCUCUUCCUUCUGCCCAUUUUUGUAAGUCAUUGUCUACAGGUUUCUGAAAUAAGAUGUUCUUUUUAUUUAUUAUUUUUUUAUUUAAGUAAUUUCUGUGCCCAAAAUGGGGCUCAAAUUCACAACUCCAAGAUCAAGUCUCAUGCUCUUCCAACUGAGCCAGCGAGGUGCUCCUGAAAUAGAUGUUCUUACUGGGGUAAAUAGGAAUGGCUAAAGUGGAAGGAAGAUGAUGACUGUCUAUAAAGACCGUACUGGAAAAAGAAUAAAUAAAAUAAAAAUUUGGGGGGGAGGCACCUGGGUGGCUCAGUCAUUAAGCAUCUAUCUGCCUUCAGCUUAGGUCAUGAUCCCAGAGUCCUGGGAUUGAGUCCCGCAUCAGGCUCCCUCCUCAGUGGGAAGCCUGCUUCUCCGCUUGUGUUCCCUCUCUCCCUGCCUCUCUGUCAAAUAAAUAAAUAAAAUCUUUAAAAAAAUAAAAUAAAAAUUUUUUUUGAAAGAUCCUGCUGGGGCUUCUAGACUUUCCCCACGUGGCAGCCAGCCUCCAAAUGAGAAACACUGUAGCCCAUCGCCAUUCAGUUUCCACAACCCCAUGAGAGAGGUAUUCUUAUUUGUGUUAUAAGUGGGGAAACUGAGGCUCAGAAGAGUUCAUGAACUGUCCCAAGGUUACAGUAUGAGGCAAAGCAAGGAUUUAAACUCAGGCUUAUGACAACCCACAGUCCAAGCUCAAGUCUUAGCUACGGAGUGACAUCGGGGCCUCUGCUUCUACGGCACAAGCAUGGUUAUGAGAAACCGGCUCAUGAAUUGAUAAGCUGAUGCCGCUUUCUCAGUUGGAGGGAGCUGUCUAAAAAGCGGCAUGUGUCUUCACACUGGGGUUUUGCUCAGUACCGUGGGUGUGGGUGAAGGGACUCCACACAUUGGAAAUAACCUCAAGUCCAUUCCCCCAGGCUUCUGAGAGCAUGGUGAAGUGGUAAAGGCCAUGGAGGCCAACUACUAGACUCAAAAGCCAGUUCUACCAUCUACUCACCAUGUGACUUCUGGACCUCAGUUUCCUCGUCUAUAAAAUGGGGCUGGCAAGUGUUCCUGUCUCAAAGAGUCGUAAGGAUUAAAAUAGAUGUUAUAUGGAAAGUUCUUAAAACAGUGAUUGGCACUUAACCGGUGUUAUCUAUUACCAUCAUCAUCACCACCGGUAUUUCCAUUCUUAGAAAGGGUGAUCUUGAUUGUAAAGCAUAGAAACAUUCAGACUAACUUUAAAAAAAAAAAAAGAUUAUUUAUUUGACAGAGAAGGAGCAGGGGGAGGGGCAGUGGGAGAGGGAGAAGCAGACACCCCGCUGAGCGGGAAGCCCAACACGGCUCAAUCCCAGGACCCAGAGAUCAUGACCUGAGCCUAAGGCAGACCCUUAACUGACCAAGCCACCCAGGCCACGCCCCACCCCCCACUCAGACUAACUUGAACUGCAAAAGGAAUUUAUCAGAGAGGUAGGACUCUCACAGAUCAAACAGGAGGACUUCCAGCUGGACCUUUCGAGAGCCUGGAAUCUGUACCUGCCAACCCACUGGGACUCAAGAACCUCACUUUUGUCCCUCUGAGACUACAGUCUCUAACAUUCAGCUGGGUCUGCUCCCCUCGUCUUCCUUCUGCAGGCCAGCUUUUUCUUUCUCUCUGUACUUGGCCAAUAACUGCCCCAGCCCUACAGCAGAAUCCUCUCUCUUAUCUAGUAUUCCAUGUCCAGAUUCCCAGGAGGAAUCUGAUGGCCUCACUUGGGUCAGCUGUCUACUCAUGGUCCAGUCAACUGUGGCCAGUGGGACAGAGUCACACAAUAGGACCGUGGCUGCAGGGGGGCCCACUGUACUGAGUAGGGAGAGUGGUUCCUUCCCCUCAGCACAUUCUCUGUCAGUGUCCCUCAGAGAGGAUCUUUUCUAGAAAAUUAUUGUUCUGUAACCACAUUUGGAAUUUCAUUUCCAUUGCCUUUAUCCUACUUUGUUUCUGCGUAAUACUUAUUACUAUAUGAAAGUAUAUAGCAUACUUGUACGUGUUUACUGCCUCCCUUACUCUAAAGAAUGUAAGAUUAAGAAAGGCAGGCAGUUUGUCUCAUUCUUGGUUAUAACCAUGGUGCCUGGCCUAUUGCCUGACACAUAGUAGGGAAUCAAGUGAGGAUCUUAUGGAAGAAAUAAGGGCCCCAUCAGUCAGACCAGUGUGUUUAGAAGUGGCAGUCUUCAGCUGGUCUAACUGCCAAAUUUAAUAGUUUCCCAGCAUCGCUUUGCAAGAUUUGCAAUUGUGGUUAGCAGGCUGGUCUGUGGCCUGUGAUUUGCUUUUUGAAUCCAACUAUCUAUGAGACAUAGCAUAUUUUUUUUUUAAGAUUUUAUUUCUAAGUAAUCUCUACACCCUAUGUAGGGCCUGAACCCACAACCCCAAGAUUAAGAGUCACAUGCUCUACUGACUGAGCCAGCCAGGCGUCCCUCUAUGAGACAGACUUUGGACAAAGACUCUGAAGUGAAGGGUGGGGACAAAUGGAAGUCAUCUAUUCAUCAGUUAAUAUAUUUGUCAUAUGACAAAAUUCCUACCUUCCCAGGGACCAAGAGUGAUGAAUACUUAGAAAGUGAGGACCCUCUGGGUAAUAGGAGGGUCCAGAGAGGGCGGCUUUUAAUCUGUUCAGGGGUACUAGAAGGCUUUACAGAUGAAGUGACCUUUGAACAGUGUUCUAAAGGAUGAGUAGGAGUUUCCCAGGUCUGUGGGGGUUGGAAGGGUAUUCCAAGUAGAAGGAGGAGAGGAGAACUUCACAAAGGUGAGCAUGUAAGAGUAGGAGUUGAGGAGGUGUAGAAGUGGCUGAGAAACCAAGCAGAGGGAAAUUCCAAAUGGCCCUUUUUUUUUUUUUAAGAUUUUUUUUAAAUUUAUCUGACAGAGAAAGAGCAUGAGCAGGGGGAGGGCAGAGGGAGAAGCAGGCUCCCCGCUGAGCAGGGACCACCCCCCACCAAAGUGGGGCUCAAUCCCAGGCCCUUGGGAUCAUGACCUGAGCCGAAGGCAGACACUUAACCGACUAAGCCACCCAGGUGCCCCCCCAAAUGGCCCUUCUUUGCCAGGUUAAGGGUAUCAGGGUGCCAUCUGAUGCAAAUAACAACAACAAAAAAAACCCCAGAUUCAAACCAGCUUAAAAUAAGAUUUAGUAUUUCAUGUAACAGGAAGUUCAGGGGGUAAGGCAGGCUCUAGGGUUGGUUAAUUAAACGUCCAGUGACAUCAGUAAGGACCCCGGGUCUUUCCAUUUCCAUCUCUGCUGUAUUGGCCCCAGCCAAUAGCCUUGGGUUGGUUUCCUGUGCUGACAGUUGGCUUGCCUAAAAUGGUUGGGCCUCUCUGCACUUCCUCCUUCAUGUGCUGUCAGAGGUAGUGGCUUUCUGCCGCUCUCCCCCAAAUGCAAAGAAACUUUUCUCCAAGCACCCUUCCCUGCUUUACUUCCCCAUUCUUGAACUUCUGGGAAAGUGGGGGAGGCAUCCUCAUAGGUCAGUCAGACCCAGAGUGGGGGCAGGGCCCACUCUUCCUUGAGGUCCACGGCUGGGUUGGGGAACCCUGGGCACUUGAACAAAUUGUGGGUUCCGUUAGUGAAGAGAUGGGUUAAGUCGUCAGGAGGUGGAAGGUGAGGAGCCAUUGAAAGGUUUUGGGAAGCGACAGGAUCGGAUUUGUGGAUUAUUUGAAAGCUCCUCCUGGCAGCUUUGCUGCAGAGAGAUUGGAGCAGAACCAGACCAGAAGCAGGGAGCCCUGAUAGGAGAGGAUUGGAAAAUGAGGCAAGGAGGAGGACUGUUGUCCGGAUGAAGCCGCGCUUCCUCAUCACAGCCUGACCCUGGUCUGUCUCCCCAGCUGCACUUCACCCUUUACGGCCCCUCACGUGCCCUCUUGUCUGGCCUCCAACCACAUAUGCCUUCCCGAGGUCCCCAGGCACAUCUCCUUCCUGCCUUCAUACUACUGUUCUCCCCACUCUUCUCUGGUUUUGCCUGGUUGCCUCCUUCCUAGCCUCCAGAUCUCAGCUCCGCUAUCACAUCAGGGAAGCCUCUGACUUCUUCCUGGGAGGUCUUCCUGUUGUCUUUCAUCAUCAGCACCCUCUUUUCCAAAGCACACAAUUGGAAUUGAUUGCAUAACUAAUUGUGUAUGUAAGGAGUUCUGCGGUUAUUUGCUGGUGUCAGAUAGUAAAGUCCAGGAGAACGGGGGCGUCCUGUCUUCACCAUUGUACCCCUGGUGCUGAGAACAGCUGUGCUUCACGCAGUGGCUGCUCAGAGACACUGUGGAGUCAAAGCCCAGAUCCACCUCUGAUCGGAUCAGAUGGUCAGGGUGAGCAGUCAAGAGCACAGGGGCUGACUUUGCCGAAGUCGCUACGUUUAGUGAGAAUGCUGCUAUGCAGUGUUCCAGGAACUUCACAUCACUGGUGGUAACUAUUGUCAUUAGUGAAUCACCGGAUAUGAAUGUGUUUUUUUAAUUUGGAAGUCAGUACAAGUUUGUUUUGGCACUCAUGCUCAUUAUCACGGCCUGGGGGAUCUUCAACUUAUCCGUCAUAGCCCUGCCAAAUGUUAGGGUCACGGCCUUUCCCUCUAGGCCAGAGCCCCCCUCAGCUCCACCCCCACCCACCACUCUCCCGAUCCUGAUGGCAGUAGGACAGCCCAGCCAAGGAGGGGAAGCUGUCAUCACCUGGAGAACCCCUCUAAACCGAGUCCAUUCAAUCCUGUCUGUAUUCAUUCAUUUGACAAAUACCUCUUGUGCCAGGCCCUCUGAGGCCUGGGGAUGUGGAGAGGAAUAAUAAAGCCUCAUUAAUUACAGACAUUCAGGGGCGCCUGGGUGGCUCAGUCAGUUAAGCGUCUGCCUUCGGUUCGCGUCAUGAUCCCAGAGUCCUGAGAUCGAGCCUCCACAUUGGGCUCCCUGCUCAGCAGGAGUCUGCUUCUCCCUCUCCCCCUCCCACCUUCUCAAAAGAGAAGGUCCCCCACCUCAAAGAGAUGAGAGUCUCACAUGAGACUAACAAUUGCCGUAAUACAGGUGUGGAGCUGAUGGUGGAGAGGCAAUGGAAUUGCUACAGGGAUAUGGAAUCCUUGGGUGGGGGUGGGGGGGGAAAGCCAGUCGGGGAACACUUCCUUUAGAAGGAGUUGGGUUUUGCCUUUUGAUUUCAAUUUCAGAUAAAUAGUAAUUGUCUUAGUAUAAGUAUGUCCCAGGCAAUAUUUGGAACAUACUUGUGCUAAAAAAUUGUGUGUCUGAAAUUCAGAUUUAACUGGGCUUCCUCUAUUUUUAUUGGCUAACUCUGGCAGCUCCACGCUGACAGUUUGACAGCAGAGGGAGGUCUUUCCAGGCUGAAGGAACAGGACAUACAAAAGAAAGGACUUCAGGUACAAUUAGUUAACAUCUGGUGCUUAGAGCUAGAUAGGGAGAGCCAGAGGAUUCCAGUUCCACCAAUAAUUAUUUUGCAUCUAUAAAGUGCCAGAAGUUCGAUGGUAUGUAAACCCAACCACUGCCCUGAACUCCCAAUCCACUUCCCUAUUGCCCACUUACCUUUUAUCUUUCUGUUGCAGUCCCUAGGCCAGCGGCAUCAGCAUCGCCUGGAGACUAAUGAGAAAGACAGAUUCUUGGGCUUCGUCCCAGACCUACUGAAUUAGAAACUGUGUGGGUUGGGCCCUGCAUGAUGUGUUUUAACAAGCCCUCCAGGUUAUUCUAACAAAGGCCAGUUGGAAAACUGAUCCACUAGUCAAAAUGUUGAAUGAGUGUGGUUGCCUAAAAUCACGUAAGUAACGUAAGCCAGGUGUAAGAUAUAUCUAAGAAGUGAUGAAUGGUCCUUGGCCAGUGGAGAGUUCCUGCCCCUCUAUGGGGCGCAGUCUCCAGUCAUCUCCAGACAUUUGUUGCAGUGAGGAAACCCAGCUCUAGCGUCGCCAGGUGUUUAGAAUUUUCAAGAGAUGAACAUGUGUUAAAGAUUUUAUUUGACUCAUUAGUGAAGACGCUGAGGAGAUGUUACAACCAGUUCAAAGGAGAAUCCACAGGACAAAUUUAUAGAUCAGGAAUAUUGAAAUGAAUGUGCAGGUGGAGACAAACUGGUUUUUCCACGUAGAGCAGGUUGUAUUUUCCCAGGACAAUUCAUUUGCAAGCCUAUAGACAAGAAUAAUUUUUAAUUGCUUUCAGUUAUCUACAGUUUACAGAGAUGUAACAUAAUUCCCAAAGAACCAAAAAGAACACAGAAGGGUACGCUAUAGACAAUUCUUUGAAAAACAAAAUUUCCGCUAUAUGAAUAAUGUUAUAGGUGGAAGCUGUCCCCUGAAAAUUCAUAUGCUGAAGCUCUAAGCCUCUAUAUGUGGUGGUAUUUGGAGGUGGGACUUUAGGAGUUAAUUAGGUUUAGAUGUGGUCACAAAGGUGGAGCCCUCAGGAAGAGAUUAGUAUCUUUAUAAGAGGAAGAGACCACAAUGCAUACUCUCUCUCUCACCCUGUCCCUCCACCUUGGAAGCACACAGCAAAAUGGCAGCCCUCUGCAAACCAGGAAGUGGGGUCUUACCAGGGACCCAAUCUGCGGCACCUUAUCUUGGACUUUCCAGCCUCCAGACCUGUGAGAAAACGUCUUGUUUAGGCCGCCGAGUCUGGGGUAUUCUGUUACAGCAGCGCGAGUUUAUCAAGACCGGUAACAACUGUAAAAGGUUUAGCAUAGAAGCUGGCAAACAGCACUUCCGUCUCUUGUUCAGAGCUUUCAUGACAGUUUCCAUGUGGAAGGGUGCUAUGGGCAGCAAUCUGUCAGAGAUGUGUGUGGCUAGACUUAUUUUGAAACUGAGAUAGCACAACGGUGGUUACCUCACUUAGAUUGUGUAUUUACUUGGGAUAGGGAUGUCCCUGGGCCGCAAGGCUGCAAGAGUCCCUGGCUCUGAGAGUCCCAAACAGAUCAGGUUUGGUUCCUCACUACUGACAAAACCCAAAGGCAGAGAGACAGUGGUGGUGAAGCAAGAAAAGGAUUUAUUUCAAUGAGGCCAGCGGGGAACAGAGCAGACUAACAUCUCAAAGACGUCUCCAGAGUGCUGAAAAUACUUGCAGGUUUAUGUAAGGAACAUGCGGGACAAAGGUGGGCAGUGAAGUCAGGUCAUCAAUGUCUUUGGGUCAAUCACAGGGCGGGGUCUUGCUGGCUCAGGGCCGUCCUUACUGCUUGAGGGGGUAGUUUUGGUUCCCAUCACAGGAUACUUUUCCUGUGGGGCCUUUGCCACAGUUAAGAGAUAAGUUGGAAAGAACUUAAUCAAUUAGAAAGUACAGACUGAGGUCAAGAUGGAAGUGGUUGAAGUCCUCAUUCAGAGACGGGACCUAAAGCCCUAUAGCUACCUCUUACUGCUUCUAGGGUUCAUUUGGCCAUUCAACAAAUAUUUGGUGGCACUAGCAUGCCAGGCACUAUUCUAGGUACUGGGGAUAUAGAAGUGUGCAGAGCAAAGUUUUUGCUUUUAUUAGUGGGGUGAAACAGGCAAUGGAGUAUAGACAGCGUGCUUCGAAGGAAAAUUAUGUGUCGUCUAGGUAGCAUGGCUUUUCAUUGUCUCUCGGACCUCUUACAAGUGGUUACUCCUAGAUGACUGAUAGAAAUGCAAAUUAUUCUGCAGGUUGGGUGGACAGCCCUCACUGCUGAUGGAAAAGCUAGUUUUGUGUCCAUUUGUCCAUGUGUUCCAACACUCCUUUACUCUGUAUACAUUUGCCUUUUUCUUUUUUUAAGAUUUUAAAUGAUCUCUAUACCCAAUAUGGGGCUUGAACUUCCAACACCAAGAUCAAGAGUCUCCUGCUCUACUGACUGAGUCACCCAGGUGCCCCCAACCUUUUUUCUUUUUUUUUCCUAGAGAUUUUAUUUAUUUGACAGAGACAUAGCGAGAGAGGGAACACAAGCAGGGGAAGUGGGAGAGGGAGAAGCAGGCUUCCUUCCAGAGGAGGGAGCUUGAUCCCAGAACCCUGGGAUCAUGACCUGAGCCGAAGGCAGAGGCUUAAUGAAUGAGCCACCCAGGCGCCCCCCUUUUUUUCUCUUUUGAAUGAAUUACAACACCACAUCCGCUCAGUUCCCCUCAUUUAAUUAAAGUUAAAAUAUUUAA